AUGCGCUAUGCGCGGCACGCUCUGUCUACGUCCGCCCCCAGAUAUACCACCCAGUCCCAGACUCAUCCAUUUUCCUUCCUCCCAGCCAACUCACUUGACCCAAAGCCGCGGACCAAGGGACUAACCGAAAUCCGCGGACCAUACUACGCGCCCGUGACGGAGACCUACCUCAACGAGCUACUGAACGAUUGGGGAGAUUAUGUCGAUGGUAUCAAAUUUGCAGGGGGUGCCUUCACGCUUAUGCCGGAGGAGCGGCUGAAGGGACUGAUCGAAACGGCUCACAAGCACAACUGCUAUGUUAGCACAGGUGGAUACAUUGAGCGCGUCAUCUCUGCGUCAGGAGGAAGCAAGAGCACUAUUUCCAAGUAUCUCACGACAUGCAAGAACCUGGGGUUUGACGUUCUCGAGAUAUCUUCAGGCUUCCUCUCCAUCCCUACCGACGACUGGGCAGCCCUCGUCGAAUUCACUGCCACCCAUGGGUUGAAACCGAAGCCCGAGGUCGGCAUCCAGUGGGGCGCGGGCGGUGACGCGUCGGUGGAAGAACUCGAGUCCGCAGGAACCCGUGACCCAAAGUGGCUGAUUGAUCGCGCUAAGACAUUCCUCGAAGCAGGAGCAUACAUGAUAAUGAUCGAGAGCGAGGGCAUCACAGAGAACGUCAAGAACUGGCGGACAGACGUCAUUUCUGCGGUUACCUCGGCGCUGCCGAGCGACAAGAUCAUGUUCGAGGCAGCGGAACCGGAUGUGUUUGCGUACCACAUCCAGAAUCAGGGCGCGCGCGCCAACCUCUUCAUUGACCAUUCGCAGAUUGUGCAGCUUGCAUGCUUGCGCCGUGGCAUCUGGGGCACUGGUAGCACCUUCAACCGAGUCGUUACAUUCGAGGGAGCUCAAGAGGGGCGGGCGAAACACAACUAUUGA